CCAUGUUUAGCCUCCACGUCUUCGCCCAAACGACACCUCCAGCACAUCGUACCACGGGCCCCGUUACCAUGGAACGCAGAAGUAGAAUUCCUUCCGAGGGUUUCGAAGAUUCGAUCACGACCGCCUCGCAAUGGGUGUCGAGAAAGAUGGGAAGGAGGGGAGAUCGCUUCGAUCGAUGGUAAUACUGUGAUCUUUCGAUGGCACGGAAAGGGAGGAGAUGGAGGAUAGAGAGGCGGAGGUUCCACCUCUCAAGUUUGGCAUGGUGGAAGAGGAAAUCUACCGCUCGGGAUUCCCCACAGCCACCGAUUUCGGCUCCUUGGAAGAGCUGAUUAUCCGAACCAGGUUCUUGUGCCCGGAGCCUCACCCGGAGAAUAUAAUUCGCUUCCCUGGAUUCGUCUGUUCCUGUUCGGAAUCGAAGGUAGCAAUGCAUAAUCUCGUCAAUGAUGGUAUGCUACUUGUUGAUGUGUUCUUCCCUUCUUCUUGUUGGUUUAUUAUUUCUAUCAUGGGUAUUGAAACAACUGAGAAAUUACAUACUCUAUUGAUCGGAACAACAGGGACUAUUUUGGCCACAGGAUAUAUAGCUUUACAUACUAGUAAUUUUGUACUUGUAUUUGUCUUCCACUUUCAGGUUUAAUCUAAACAAUGAUGGUAUGCUAUGUAUUCUUCGUUUCUACCUGUUGAUUUAUUAAUUCUUUCAUUUGUCA